CUUGACGUUACCUGCCAACGCGGCCGCCACUCCAGGGGUGUUCAAGAUGGACUUCAACAUCCACAGAGGGUCGUCGGUUAACUCUGCUGAGCAUGGGGCGUCAAUACAGCUUUCCAAAAGAGAAGUUAACGGGCUGGUAACAAUGAAACUUGUUAAUGAAAACACCUUCUACUUGGCCAACUUGUCUGUUGGGUCCAAUAGCCAGAACAUGGGGGUUCUUGUGGAUACUGGUUCAUCCGAUUUAUGGGUUAUUGGAAGCGACAAUUCGUACUGCACCGGUGGCAUUGCCAAACGUGAUACAAGUGAUGACGUUGAUUGUAGUGUUUACGGGACUUUCGACAAGUCCACGUCGACCUCUUUCAAGAGUAACAACACUGUUUUUACCACUCUGUACACGGAUGAAAUGACAGCAUCCGGUGAGUGGGGCUACGACACGGUUUCCAUUGGGUCCUUAACUGUCGAAAACAUGUCUAUAGCGGUCGCUAACAUGACUGACUCGUCCAUGGGGGUUCUUGGAAUCGGUUUACCCGGCAUGGAGACCACCUACACCUCCAUGUCGGAAGAGGAUGCGCACAUGUAUGAAAACUUUCCGAUGAAAUUAAAGAGCGAGGGAAUCAUCAUGAAGAACAUCUACUCAUUGUAUCUCAACCAGGAGAGUGCCUCCUACGGGACCGUGUUGUUUGGUGGUGUGGAUCACUCCAAGUACAUUGAUAGAUUGAUCACCGUGCCAAUUAUCAAUUCUUACCCCGAUUACCUGGACAAUCCUGUGCUGAUUCAAGUCGCCUAUGACUCUAUCUCUUUCGAAGGUAAGACCCUUCUGCACGCCUCUGAUACGGCAAUAUUGGAUUCCGGGUCCACCAUUUCCUACCUUCCAUCAGCUGUGGUUAAUGCCGCUGUCUCUGCCAUGGGCAUGAGGUAUCAUAAGAAUAUCGGGGCCUACGCCGCCUCGUGCAAUUCCUUUAAAGAUAAAAGCUUCAACUUCACCUUUGAUGGUGCCGACAUCACCGUGCCAGCCUCCAACUUCUUGAUCAACUUCGCAGGUAUCCCCAGCAGCAUCUGCGGCCUCGGGAUGAUGGAAUCCGACCAGACGGUGUUUGGCGACAAUUUCUUGAGAGCCGCCUACGUGGUGUACGACUUGGACGACUAUGAAGUUUCCUUAGCCAACGCCAACUUUGGCGAGUCUUCCAACGACGAAGAUGUUGUUGCGGUGGUUUCCACCAUUCCAAACGCCCGCUUCGGUGCCUCUACCGGCACCUCCAACACUGCCACAACCACCAGAGCUGGUAGAGCCUCUACCAGUAGAUCUUCCUCCACCAAAUUCUCUUCCCUAAGGAACAGUGGAGCUGGUCAUAUCGCCUUCCCUGAGGUGCUUACAAUUAUGGGGUCGGUAUUUUGUUCUGCUCUUUUGCUAAUCUUAUAAACCUUCAUGCCUCCCAUACUCCAACCUUUGCUUUUGUCACUUGUGAUACUUAAUACUCUUCCUCUUUCCUUGGAUAUCAUCUCCCUGUGUUUGUACAAUUUUUGAUAUUCAACCUUCCUCAGCCUAGUACUACAAUAUGGUGUCGCCUUGCUGGUGCUGCUCCCGGCCCUUGACUCUUGUAUAAAUCCUUCCUAAAGAUGAUUCUUAGAUAACGG